ACUUUAAAUUCGAAAUCUCAACGAAUCUUUCUCCACUUUGCAAUCGCAACGAAGCUCCUGCAACAAUUUCCAUGGCGGCGAAGCUUUUCGCGCUGACCUGCAUCCGCAAGGAGAGCCAUGGUGACCUAUCCCCGAGGCCGCACUACCCUUCCAUGCCCAAGAUCCCGAAAGGCGCCUCGGCGGCGGGGGAGGAUGUGGCGGCGGAAGAGGCGAGGGCGUUGCUCUCGGUUGUGGGGAUGACGUGCUCGGCGUGUGCUGGGUCGGUCGAGAAGGCGGUCAAGAGGCUUCCGGGGAUCCGUGAGGCCAUCGUCGACGUGCUGAACGGGAGGGCUCAGGUUCUUUACUAUCCGAGCUUCGUAAAUGAGGAAACGAUACGCGAGACUAUCGACGAUGUCGGGUUUCAAGCCACCUUGAUCGAGGACGAGACGAACCAGAGAACCACUCAAGUAUGCCGCAUACGCAUCAACGGGAUGACCUGCACCUCGUGCUCUUCCACAGUCGAGUCGGCUUUGCAGGCUGUCCAGGGUGUCCAAAAGGCCCAGGUAGCGUUGGCGACCGAGGAAGCGCAGGUCCAAUAUGAUCCUCGGGUGACUAACUUGGAUCUCCUGUUGAAGACUAUCGAGGACACUGGGUUCGAAGCCGUACUCGUCAGUACCGGGGAAGACGUAAGCAACAUACAUCUCAAAGUUGACGGUGUGAGGACCGAUCAUUCCAUGAGAAUCCUGGUAAAUUCUCUCCAAGCACUUCCGGUUGAAGAUGUCACUACCGAUCCCGAGGUAUGCAAAUUCACCCUCUCUUACAAGCCCGACUUGAUGGGGCCAAGGAGCUUCAUCGAAGUAAUUGAGUCGACUGGGUCGGGUCGCUUCAAAGCAGCGAUAUUUCCCCAGGGUGAAGGAGGGAGAGAUGCUUAUAGACAGGAGGAGAUCAAGCAGUAUUACAGAUCUUUCCUAUGGAGCUUGGUUUUCACUAUCCCUGUCUUCUUGCUGUCCAUGGUUUUCAUGUACCUCCCUGGGAUUAAACACGGGUUGGACACCAAAAUUGUGAAAAUGAUGAGCGUAGGUGAGCUUCUCAGGUGGAUUUUCUCGAGCCCGGUACAGUUUGUCAUUGGACGUCGAUUCUACAUCGGGUCUUACAAAGCUCUGCGCCAUGGUUCAGCCAAUAUGGAUGUUCUGAUCGCCUUGGGGACCAACACGGCCUACUUCUACUCUGUUUACUCUGUGCUGAGUGCCGCGACUUCUACGAGUUUCAGAGGCACGGACUUCUUUGAGACUAGUUCGAUGCUUAUUUCGUUCGUCUUGCUGGGGAAGUAUCUGGAGGUUCAGGCAAAGGGAAAGACGUCUGAGGCCAUUGCAAAACUCAUGGACUUGGCACCUGAGACGGCGAUCUUGUUGACCCUCGAUAUUGAGGGAAAUGUGGUGAGCGAACAAGAGAUAGACAGUCGGUUAAUACAGAAAAAUGACGUGAUCAAGAUCAUUCCGGGCACGAAAGUAGCUUCGGAUGGUUUCGUGAUUUGGGGACAGAGUCAUGUCAAUGAGAGCAUGAUUACAGGAGAAGCGCGGCCCGUGGCAAAGAGGAAAGGGGAUGCUGUGAUCGGAGGCACUGUGAAUGAAAACGGCAUCCUGCAUAUUAAAGCGACUCGGGUAGGCUCAGAGAGCGCGCUUGCCCAGAUUGUUCGGCUUGUGGAGUCUGCUCAGAUGGCCAAAGCGCCAGUACAGAAAUUCGCCGACCGCAUCUCCAAGGUCUUUGUGCCCCUGGUGAUCGUCCUUUCGUUUUCGACUUGGCUCGCAUGGUUUUUAACAGGAAAGUUCCAUGCCUACCCAAAGUCCUGGAUUCCAUCCUCCAUGGACAGCUUUCAGCUCGCUCUCCAGUUUGGGAUAUCGGUGAUGGUGAUCGCCUGCCCCUGCGCACUAGGGCUCGCAACUCCAACCGCAGUGAUGGUCGGGACUGGAGUCGGCGCAUCUCAAGGAAUCCUCAUCAAAGGAGGCCAAGCACUGGAAAGUGCACACAAGGUUAAUUGCAUAGUGUUCGACAAGACGGGGACGCUCACGGUCGGAAAGCCCGUGGUGGUCAACACGAGACUUCUGAAAAACCUGGUGCUGAGAGACUUUUAUGAACUGGCUGCCGCAACAGAGGUGAAUAGCGAACAUCCAUUAGCCAAGGCUGUCGUUGAGUACGCAAAAAAGUUCAGGGACGAUGAGGAGAAUCCCGCCUGGCCUGAAGCCAGCGACUUCGUGUCGAUCCCUGGCCAUGGAGUGAAGGCCGUGGUUCAUAACCGGGAGAUAAUUGUGGGAAACAAGAGCUUGAUGUCAGAGCACAACGUUGCCAUUCCAGUCGAAGCAGAAGAGAUCAUGGCCGAGACCGAAGGGAUGGCGCAGACUGGGAUACUGGUGUCUAUAGACCGGGAACUGAUUGGAGUCAUCGCGAUUUCAGACCUGCUGAAACCGGGCGCUCACGAGGUGAUAUCGAUCCUCAAUUCGAUGAAAGUGAGGAGCAUCAUGGUGACUGGUGAUAACUGGGGAACUGCGAAUUCCAUUGCCAAGGAUGUUGGGAUCGACACCGUGAUAGCAGAGGCCAAACCUGAGCAGAAGGCAGAGAAAGUGAAGGAUUUGCAGGCUUCAGGAUACAUUGUAGCGAUGGUGGGAGACGGCAUCAAUGACUCACCGGCACUCGUGGCUGCGGACGUGGGGAUGGCGAUUGGUGCGGGCACAGAUAUUGCCAUCGAGGCAGCAGACAUCGUGCUAAUGAAGAGCAACUUGGAGGACGUCAUAACCGCGAUUGACCUCUCCAGAACGACAUUCUCCAGGAUCCGCCUGAACUACAUCUGGGCGCUGGGCUACAAUGUCCUGGGAAUCCCGAUCGCCGCUGGGGCUCUCUACCCUUCCACGGGGUUCCGCCUGCCUCCUUGGAUCGCGGGCGCUGCAAUGGCUGCGUCGUCGGUCAGCGUCGUCUGCUGUUCGCUGUUGCUGAAGAAGUACAGGAGACCAAUGCAGCUUGACAACCUUCAGAUACAAGGCAUAACAGUAAACUGAUGAUGCACCAGUUUGUCUAGUUGAUGCGUAUUUAGGGAUGAAUCUGUUUAAAAAUAAAUUUUGCAGCAAGUUCGUCUGCGUGAAAUUAGUCAGCUGAUUGUAAUUGUAUUUAUGUGGCAGUGUUGUUUGGGAUUCCUAUGAAGAUUCAGAGUGUAUUUGAGCAGUGAAAUCGGUCAUCUUUGCGAUCUCUAUGUGAAUAAA